CCAACGAGAUUAAGUAUAGCAGCGAGAACAGAAUAAACAGUAUUCAGUGUGUUGAUCAAAGAAAAUCGGAGCGUUUCAGUGUACCAAAAACGUGCUGCGAAUUGGAAUACCAAAGCAAAGAGAUAGAAAAGCGAAGGAGGGGGAGCAGGGGACCGCAAAAGGCAGCGAAGCGAGCGCGGCUUUGGCGAACGAGUGAGCAAAACAAACGAGCCGAGGGAAAAGAGAAAAACAACGAUCCGAGUGAAAGUCGACGCAAAGACCGAAAAGGAGAGGGAGCAGCGAAUUGGUUAUUUCUGACGCGUUAACACGGCUCGAACCACAACCACUGGCAGUCGAAGCCCGGCGCCGAGCAUUGGACUCCACGGCAGCCAGUCAGUCAGUUGGCCAAGAUCGCGCGAGAGGCUCAGACACGCAGCCAGUGGGCCAGUAGCCAGGUAUCUAUAGCCCCUGAUCGGUCGCACUAACUGAUCGAGUAAACACAGCGCUACCGCCCGGGAAAUGUGCGAGACGACCACCUGACACCCCAGAAGUUGCCAGCCCUCAAGCAGUAUCCCCCACAAGGUCCACUCCACAUUGAACUGCAGUCGAGCCCGGAGAGACCGCCAGUGCGCCGGAGAACCGCCGCCGGACCGACCGCUUAGCCAGCUAUGUCGCAGGCUGCCACGCCGCCAGGAGCAGUGCCAGGCCCAGGAUUCCCACCUGGCUUCGAUCCCGCCGCCGAGUCGGCCGAGAAGACCCUGUGCUUCCGAGGCUUCUGGGCCUGGGCCGUGCUGCUCCUCCUGAUCGCCCUCGGCGUGUCGCUCUUCAUGUGGCUGCUGCGCAAGUGCAUCCAGGGCCCGGCCUACCGCAAGGCCAACCGGAUCGACGGCAAGGUGGUCAUCGUCACCGGCUGCAACACGGGCAUUGGCAAGGAGACCGCGCUGGAGCUGGCCAAGCGGGGCGCCCGGGUCUACAUGGCCUGCCGGGACCCCGGGCGCUGCGAGGCCGCCCGCCUGGAGAUCAUGGACCGCAGCCGCAACCAGCAGCUCUUCAACCGCACCCUGGACCUGGGCUCGCUGCAGUCGGUGCGGAGCUUCGUGGAGCGCUUCAAGGCCGAGGAGACGCGGCUGGAUCUCCUGAUCAACAAUGCCGGCGUCAUGGCCUGCCCCCGCACCCUGACCGCGGAUGGCUACGAGCAGCAGUUCGGGGUGAACCACCUGGGCCACUUCCUGCUGACCAAUCUGCUGCUGGACCGCCUGCGGCACAGCGCGCCCAGUCGCAUUGUGGUGGUCAGCUCGGCGGCCCACCUCUUCGGACGCAUCAACCGGGAGGACCUGAUGAGCGAGAAGAACUACGGCAAGUUCUUCGGGGCCUACAGCCAGUCCAAGCUGGCCAACGUCCUGUUCACCCGCAAGCUGAGCGCGCUUCUCAAGGACUCGGGGGUCACGGUCAACUGCUGUCACCCGGGCGUGGUGCGCACGGAGCUCAACCGCCACUUCGCCGGGCCCGGCUGGAUGAAGCGCGUCCUGCAGACGGGCUCCCUGUACUUCUUCAAGACCCCCCGGGCGGGGGCCCAGACCACCCUGCGCCUGGCACUCGACCCCCAGCUGGAGCGCUCGACGGGCGGCUACUACUCGGACUGCAUGCGCUGGCCCCUGGUGCCCUGGGCCCGCAGCACGGAGACCGCCGACUGGCUGUGGCGGGAGAGCGAGAGGCUGGUGGGCCUGCCGCCCCUGGAGCCGCCGCCCAGCCAGAGCCAGAGCCAGAGCCAGAGCCCAGCCCACAAUGGCAAUGGCACCCAGAAUGGCACUGGCAAUGGGAGCAGUGCCAGUGCCGGAAGCCGGGAAAUGCAGUCCGUGGAGACGGUCGUGGUCGACCGGUCAUAGUCGUGGGCAGCGUCCUUGGGAGGGGGGUCGGCCCAGUGCAGACCUUGCGCCUCGCUACUCCCCGCAACGUUGCGUGUUCGAGUGCUCCUGGGAGACCCGUGGCUCCAAUUGGCAAG